AUGAGAAAUGAUAAUAAAGCUUAUUGGAGAGCCACUAUCAUAUUAACUUUCAUUGCUAUAACAUUAAUUACGGAAAUGUGUUUCUAUGAUAAAUUAUUUAAUAAAAAAAAAGAACAACAAGUUUUAAAUCAAUUACAGCCACCAACAAAAAUUGAGCCACUAAAUAAUGUUGACAACGAAAUAAAAGAUAAUAAGAACACCAAUUUAACUGUUGCUAAUCCACAAGGAUAUACCUCGGGAGUUUAUUAUUCGAAUUGGUCACCUUAUUCUCCUAGAAAACAUUUCCCACAUGAUAUUGAUUUUUCAAGAAUUUCUCAUGUAUAUUAUUCAUUUUUUUUAGUUAAUGGUGAUAAUGGUAAAGUUGAAUUAGGGGAUAAAUGGUCUGAUAUUGAGAUGGACCUAUAUAAGCCAUUAUCUAUUAAAUUAGGUAAAUUAAAAAAUAAAGUCGAUGUAUAUGAAGAACCACAGACUCAAUCAACAAUUAAAACUAAUUUACCAAAAGGUUGUAUUGGUGAAUUUUUCUAUUUAAGAAACUCUAAAUUAUUACCAACUAUAAAUACUGAAAACUCAAAGAAUUUUAAAAUGAUUAUGACCAUUGGUGGUUGGUCAAAUCGUGAUAGCUUCCCAAAGAUGGCUAAAUCUCCACAAAAAAUCCAUAAUUUUGUAACAUCUGCUAUUGAAAUGAUGUUUGAAUAUGGGUUUGAUGGUAUUGAUUUGGAUUGGGAAUUCCCUAAAAAUAAUACACAAGAACCAGCAGUUUAUUUGAAAAUUAUGCAACAAUUAAGACAAGGAAUGAAUGAAUUAGAAGAGGAAAUAUAUAAAAACUCAGCUGUCCCAGUAGAAGAGCGUAAGCAUUUCCAAUUAUCAGUAGCAUCGCCAGCAUUUGAAGAAAAACUAAGCGUAUUACCAAUUAAAGAAAUGAAUAAAGUAUUAGAUUAUUGGAAUAUGAUGACUUAUGAUUAUAAUGGAGAAUGGUCGGAGAAAACAGGAUAUCACAGUAAUUUAUAUGAUGGUUCAAAAGUAAAACACGACGAAGAAGUGUUGAAUGCAGAUUCAGCUAUAAAAUAUAUGAUUGAAACACAAGGUGUUGAGCCAAAUAAAUUAGUGCUCGGGUUAGCUGGGUACGGUAGAGGUUAUACUAAUGUUAAUGUUAACCAUAUACAAGGCUUUGGCAAAAAUAAUAAGGAGCGUGAAUUGACUGGUGAUGAAGUUUUCAUUGAUUUAGAAUAUAAAGGUGUUGGAGGAGAAUCAGAAGGAGAGCCUGGUAUGUGGAUGUAUAAUCAAUUACCAAUUAAAGGUAGUAUUGAACAAUUUGACCCAAAGUUUGUAUCUGCCUAUUGUUAUGAUUUAAAGACUAAUACUUUGGUCACAUAUGAUAACGUUGAAUCAAUGAAUGUAAAAGGGCAAUAUGUUAAAGAUAAAGGUCUUGCUGGUGGAUUCAUGUGGGAAUCAUGUGGUGACGUUCAUGAUAAUCCAAAGAGAUCCUUAAUCACUGCUUUUACAAAUGAAUUAGGUAAGAUUAAGAAGCAAGAGAGUAGUAUCUUUCAAGAUGAAAAAACUUUUGAAUUUUACUUAGAAGAAUUUGGUAAUGAGGGAUAUUUAAGUGAAGCAAUUGCCAAACUUUUAAAUAAAGAUAAAAUGUAA